UCGCACACAGAGAGUAACGGACAGCGAGAGGGGGCGUUAAUGCUAAACCCGAGGAGAAAUACCUCAACUUGAAGGACGUCAUUUUAACGGUGUAAAAAGGAGAAAUGCUUAGGGACGAAGUAAUUCAGCGAGAGAAGAGGCUCUGGGAGAAGCUUUUCAAGUAAGUCAGUCCAGCUGGAGAUGGAUUUCAUCACUGAUCCUGAGGAUAAUUCCAGCUUCCAGUAUAAUCUCUCUGGGAUUGUUCAUGCAGACCCCAGCGAGCCCUAUCACAAUGUGCUCAUGCCAAGCAUUUACGGAGUCAUCUGCUUUGUGGGGAUCAUUGGGAACUGCAUUGUUAUCUACACCAUAGUCAAGAAGACCAAGUUUCGGGCUCAGCAGACGGUGCCUGACAUUUUCAUCUUCAGCCUGUCCAUUGUGGACCUGCUCUUCCUUCUGGGAAUGCCGUUCCUCAUCCACCAGCUGGUGGGAAACGGCUCUUGGUGUUUUGGAGCCACCAUGUGCACUGUCAUCACCGCAUUGGACUCCAACAGCCAGACCGUCAGCACCUACAUCCUGACCGUCAUGACGCUGGACCGAUACUUGGCCACGGUCCACCCUAUCCGCUUCAACCAUGUGCGCACCCCGUGCAUGGCUGUCUCUGCGGUCAGCCUGGUGUGGCUACUCUCCCUGCUCUCCAUUACGCCUGUUUGGAUGUACGCUGGCCUCAUGCCUCUACGAGAUGGCUCUGUGGGUUGCGCUCUUCUUCUCCCCAACCCAGCCACAGACACCUACUGGUUCACCCUCUACCAGUUCGUGCUGGCUUUCGCCCUGCCGUUGGUGGUCAUCUGUGUGGUCUUCUUCAAGAUCCUCAAGAACAUGGCUGCCACUGUCGCUCCUCUUCCACAGCGCAGUCUUCGCGUCCGUACGAGGAAGGUUACCCGAAUGGCGGUGGCUAUCUGCUUGGCUUUCUUCAUCUGCUGGGCUCCGUAUUACAUCUUACAGCUGGCCCACCUGGGCGUCCAGAGGCCGAGCUUCGCCUUCCUCUACGCUUAUAACAUCGCCAUCAGCAUGGGAUAUGCGAACAGCUGCAUCAACCCACUUCUGUACAUCGUACUUAGCGAGACCUUCAAGAGGCAAUUCAUUGUGGCCAUCCGACUGGGCCACAGGGACCUACGGGUCGAUCCUGGGAUGGCAGAUGGCAGCGUGAGUCUACGCUUGGCUCCCGACGGGGCACAGCAGUCCCAGUCCUCCAGAGAGCUCCUGCCCGUCACGGUGGCUGUGCACUGAGAAAUCUUUAGCCUCAGUAAGCUUCCCACAGCUCCACAGGAGGUUAAGAGCGGCCCUCGGGGAGUUAGGAUAAACCUUGCUGAAUAGAACAUCUUGAAGCUGUCUGUAAUGAGCACCAGCAAAAAAAGAAAAACUUCCCAAAGUGAACACGUACAAUGUAACGUUUUUCCUAACGCUAACAAACGCUCUUCCGUGCUGCAUGUUACAUAAGGGGCCGCUCUUGCUCUCCUCGUCACAGAUGAAUCUUCUUCAAAGGCAGUUUGUGCCCUUGAGGAUCAGAAGAAUGUCUUAGGAUCACAUCAAGGUUGAAAAAGAGCAUGGCGGGGCUUUGAAUAUGAACGCAUUUGACUGUAAUUCAUGUUUCAGAUUCUACAAGUUCAUUCUUGGCUGGAUAAAAACAGUGGCAAAAAAAAAGAAACACAUUUCAUACCUUUCUUGGCUGUGUGUGGUGCACUACUAAGAAAUAACAUUGUUUUGUUUAGGUAUUGAAAGGUGUAUAUAAAAAAAAUCCCUUUUAAAUGUGAGACAUGGAAGGAUUCCUCAGGGACGGAAGCAUUUUCACCCCUGAACCACUGAGACCGGUCAGACACAUAUGCUUUAUUUCUCUUUUCCCAGACCUCAACAUAUGCCAGUGUCCAUUAUUUAUCCGUAGCACAAGAUGUGACUUUGCCAAUGUCAAAUCGAAUCCUGAUUCUAGCUUUCAUUCUAGUUUAACCUGAUUAAAUGAGGUAAGUCCCACGGACUGGUUCGGAGCGACCUUCUAUUUCCAAAGCCAGAUUGAUUUGCUGGACGCUGUGUUCCUUUGUCUGCUUGCUGAUUGCAUGUCAAAGUUGUGUAGUCAUGUGAUUCAGUUGGAAGAGAUGACAGACAUUCAGUUAAAGUGCUCUCUGCAUCCCAAAAGAGAGGGUUCCUUGGUGGUCACACCGCUCUUCAUGAAAGCGUCCUUUUUACUGUUAAGUGUAAAUGUGAUAGUGAUGUUGACGUUCUUUAACCCUUAGAAGUCGUUGUUUGGUAAUAACAAAAGCGUUGAAAAAAACAGAGAAAGGUGAAAGUUCUUUGAAGGGGUGCAGACUAGAUGUGGGCGGUAUGGCAUGAAAUACGUCACAAUAACUCAAGACAUUCUCAUGAUACACCAAAUGCAUCAUGAUGAUUUGUUUCCAGAGGUGGAAAAAAACAAAAAACUCAGCAGAUUUUUUAAAAUAUCAAAACUACAGCACAGUACGAUGAUUAUUAUUGUGUGAAACUAUUCAGCGCUUCAUGUAUUGUGCUGCACUGAAUUGAAUUAACCACUUAUUUGUAAUGCAGUCACGCAUCCCUCCGGUUCCCAGAGCCCUCUAGGUGAACAUGCCACUUUGGCACUACAGCACUCUACCUAUCAGAGAUCAGCCUCACUUUUUUUGUCUGUUUGUCACGAGUUGUUUAGUUAGCUUACAAGCCGAGGCUUUACCCAAGUUCAGUGUGAGGCGUUGUUUCUUUCACAGAGCUGCUGAGCUCUUUACUUUGAUCUGGUUGACGUCUCUUGGCCUGCUCCCUUUUAGAUGUUGUUCACCUGGACCUGUCGUUUAUGUUUGUUACUGUAUGUGGCUUAUUUUGCAUCUGAACUUUGUUUUUUUGUCCACGACUUUGGGUCUCAUACAAACCAGUAAAGCCUCUUUUGUUCAUUUUCAUUCUGUCUGGUCACACAUGCGGUUGGUCAGUGUUUUUUAUAUACCGACAUUAUUCACCAUAUGUUGAGAAAAGCAUACCGCUGUGGUCGGAACAAAAUCUCGUAUCUCAUUUGUCAUUUUUCAGUUGUUUAAUUUGAAAAAGCCUGUUGGCCUUUACAUUGUUUAUUAAUUUCAUGAUGAAUGGACCACAAGAAAUGGGCCAAAAUUACUUGGGGGGUGGGGGGAUUAGUCUCCUUCCAUUGACUUAAAUUAAGAGUAUAUUUUUUCUCAUUUUGGAGCUAUGUGGUUUUCUUCUGAGAACAGCGAUGUUGUGGUUUAAUAUGAUGACCUAUAAACAUCGUCAUAUUGCCCAUUCUUAGUGUUUUUGUAAGUGGAAGAGGAGAUAUUUUAUAGGGAGGCACUCGAGCGCUUGCUUUACCUUUUGAGGUGCCAGGAUUUGAAUAAUAAAAUGAGUAUUUGUGUUUUCACUACAUUUCAUCGCAGGAAUACAGAGAAAACGUUCCGAGUAACAGUUCAGGGAAACAGAUUUUGUGGUGACUGUAAAUUCGGACAGUUUUGCCAGUUCAUAUAGUAAACUUUGUUACUAUUAAACAGGAGUGCCUGAAUGUGAACGUCAUGCUAAGGAUGUGACCCAGAGGGCAAUAAUAGUGGGUCUGGCUUUUUUUUGCUAUGCCAACUACUCCUGUCGAUUAAAGCUAGAUCCAGAAACAGUGACAAUAUAUUUUCAGUGACAAAAUAACAGAUUUAUAAAACAAAGAGCAUCACACACUUCAGUCUUUUAAAGAAUUUCUUGUGUUUUUGUUGAGGGCAUACACACAGUAAAUAAUGCAAAAAGGAUAUAACACAAUGAGUUUCAGUUGUGGAAAAGCACUGAAAAGUCCCCCAUUAUUACUGGACACAAACAAAGUGAAACUGGACUGGACUGACAUAAGUGCAGCAAAAACUCAACCUGGGGAAGUAUAUGGUGUCAAGAAACGCAGAUAUCACACUGACUGGACACAUAUUCUUCUACAAACUGGCAGCAGAGUUGACUGACCUUGUAAAGAGAGCCACUUUUUGCUUUUGUUCAACAAGCAGUUCCUCUAUCUCCUCAGUCCACUGCGUUUCUUUACUCGUCUAGCUCUCUAACCGGCUUGCCUUAAUCACAGUUACAUCACUGACCGUCUCACACUACAGGAUUUGUAAAUGUUUUGAAUCGUAAAAAAUGUUUGAAAAAAACGGAGGGCCUUCGAUCAAGAGAACAAGAGCUGGUUCAGAAGACCAAAGACUCACUUCUCCUCUCACAGUACCAGAUGAUUCACACUGUCAGGCCUUUCUGACCAAGCCCCCUGAAAGGGUUAACUUUCCUUUGGCCCUUCCUAACACCCCCUGACCUGGAAAAUCACUCCAAGGCUGUGAAAAUUUGUUAGGAGAUGCAAAUCGGGUUAAAAUUGGGGUAAGAAUUUUGCAAAAACAAACAAGAGCACAGUGUCAUCGAUGCAAGGCACUGCUCUGAUGAAGCAACAGAAGCUCUUCAAGUGCUAAUGGUGCCCCCUUGUGGAUAGAUUUUAGCCUGCUAAACAUGAGUGAGUUGCACACCAGUUCCAUGAGGUGUUAUGCAUCUGAAAUGUGGGAAUAUAGUACACAUUUGCAUUCUAGAACCAAAACUGUCUACACCAUUUAAACUGGAUGUAAAUGUAAUUAAUCAUGCAAUUAUGUAACAUGGCAUAGAAAUAACAAUGUCAAUCCAAUGUACAGCACAACGACAGUCAUAACUCUAAGCUUCUAAGGGGUAACCUGGCUUUGGAAAGCAUUUUCACUGUGUACUGGAAUAUUUGCAUCUAAUUACUUGAUGGAACUAAAUCUGUGUCAAAUAAAAGUUCA